AGAACACCGCGGGGCAGUGUGUGGAGUGGACCAAGUGGGUGUUCAUGUUCGGCCUGAUGUCAUGAGGCGGAACGGGAGGCACGGCUAGCGGCGGGUGGUUCGCGCAAUAACAACUGCGGUGCCAUUUUGCUGCUCACCUUCGGACCUUUAACGGCGCAUCGUGGACUGAAAUACGGCCGUGUCCCCGUUGUCUUCCCUCCUCCACCACCACCACCGGUCCGCGGAAGAAGAACAAGGAGCGGGGAGGAAGGAGUGAGGCUGCUCGGCUAACAAACUGAGGAAGAACCGGGGGGGACGCCACGGUGAUGAGCGCUCGUUUUACACAGUGAUUUCAGCUUUUUUUUUUUAAAAAAAACAACUAAGUCAAAACCCACUGAAACUAUUGCUUCGCGUCUUCCGAUUGAAAUGCUCGCCCAGUCGGGGUUUCGGCUGUCGAGAAGCCGACGGGCCGCAGCGCAGCUCACGGAGCCCGAGUCUGGGAAGUAGCUAGCCGCCUGCUAGUCGCAGCUGCGCCCGAUGCUUCCGAACGCAUCCGCGGGAUGACGCGAGCGCUUCAUCCGCCAGCUAUUGUUUGAAGAGCAGGGCGUUUGAGAUGUGAUGCUUUGGCGUUAAGGAAGGGAGAUAAAACAUUGUUGCAAAAAUGCACAGUGGAAACACAACAGCGGGGCUCCCGCUGAGGAGGUAGAGGGGGGCGAGGUUAGACUGACAACAGCCGGCCCAGCGUCUCUCUUCCCGGGGUCAGAUUUUGGACAUCGACCGCUACCUUUCUCCCCUGCUUAAUCCCUGCCUCCCUCCCCGCCACCAUCACCCUCGUCAUUGACAGGCUCGUUUGAUGAAGGAGAAAACAUGGACAAGCUGACCAUCAUUUCAGGGUGCCUGUUUCUGGCGGCGGAUAUCUUUGCGAUUGCCAGCAUUGCCAACCCGGACUGGAUCAACACUGGCGAGUCAGCAGGUGCCCUCACGGUCGGUCUAGUCCGGCAAUGCCAGACGAUCCACGGACGAGACCGGACGUGCAUCCCUCCACGGUUGCCCCCUGAGUGGGUCACUACUCUUUUCUUCAUCAUCAUGGGCAUCAUCUCUCUCACCGUCACCUGCGGACUCCUCGUGGCAUCGCACUGGCGCCGAGAGGCCACCAAAUACGCUCGCUGGAUUGCCUUCACUGGCAUGAUCCUGUUCUGCAUGGCGGCGCUCAUCUUCCCUAUAGGCUUCUACAUAAACGAGGUUGGAGGCCAACCAUACAAGCUACCCAACAACACCGUGGUGGGCUCCUCCUACGUGCUCUUCGUCCUUUCCAUCUUCUUUACAAUAGUGGGACUGCUGUUCGCCGGCAAGGUCUGCCUCCCGGGCUGAAUUCGGAAACGUGCCUGCCCUUGGACAAAAACAAAAUUGUUGGGAUUUACAGGACACGCAAUUUUAAGACGAUGGACUAUUGCGGGACCUGGUGAAGUGUUGAACUACUUAAAGAUGACGUCAGGUGGGCGCAAGUGUGGUUCUAUUUUAAAUAUGGGCCUCUCUGUGGUUCUACUGGGAUGGGUGCCGCUGUCAUGGCAACUGCAGGGAGAACAGGCAGUUCUCAAGGACCACCAAAGCCCUUGACUCCCCCCACGCCACCCGGCCCGGGCACACAUUCGCACCGUCACAGAUCUUCCCCCAUUGCUAUUUUUGGGGCCUCUUUGGUAUUUCAGUGUUCUACUUUUUUGUUUUGGUCAUUUCUGUUGUUGUACAUUUGUGUUGCCUUUCCACAGAAGUAUUUUGAGUGUGAAUGAGGAGGUGCAGGCUGUUGACCUGGGUCGCCCGUUGUGUUACAUGACCCACCAGCAGGAAGGUGGGUGGCAGAUGAAUUGUAGAGGUGAGCACACGUACCACACAGGAGAAUGCCACCGAAUGUUAUUACUGUAUUGGACAAAAUGGCGGCCCCCUGAGAUAAAUGGAAAUUAACGAAUUAACCCCUUCAGACCUGAGCAUGCUGCUGAAGGGCAUGACUCGUUCGCGUCUCUAGAUCAAUAAAUACACUGAAUUUAUUUUCUAUUGCCACUUCUGGGGGAGGAUGGGAUGAAGAUGAGGUUUAGCGCGCCUUCUUUGCUAUUUUUGGCUCUUUGAAAAUGGCUGAGGUGAAACUUCAAAAAAGCAAACGUAAGUUCUCAUUUCUCAUCAAAAACAAUGUAACAUUAACAUUAAGCAUAGACUUCAACAUAUAUUGGCAUGACAUGGGGCGCAGGGCCGAUCCGUAGGGGGCCUAUUUUCAAAAAUUUCAAAUUCAAAUAUUUUCAAAACCAAAGCUGCUACCGACCUAAAACCAAAACAGGCACCUACCUUAAUCAUAUAUGAGUCUCCAUGAGAAGCUGCAUCAAAAAAUUCAAAGUCGUUCCCUUGUAAAAUCCCGAUUAUUUUUUAGUAUAAGUAUAACAAAACUUAAAACAGCUAUAAAAUUCUCAGAUUUUCCACUAGAUGCACAAAAAUCCCCAAAUCCAGAGAUAAUCACCUGUAUUUUCAGGAUGAAUAACAAUAUUUAACCUUUCAUAUACGUUUUUGCCCAAAUUAGCAACACAUUUUUUUAUUUAUUUACCACAAGUUUUCAACAGCUAAUAAAUAACUCAAUUUUCACAUAAGAAACUUAAUACUUGAGGAAAACAUGCAGAAUCAAUUAUAAAUAAUAUAUAAAUAGAUUAUUAAUAAAUUCUAUAUACAAUCACAACUUAUUAUAGAAUAGAAUAGCCCUUUGGUGUCAUUACACAGUUGUACAAUGAAAUUGUGGAGCAUCUCCCUUUCCAGUGCAGGAUAAUUUAAAAUCUCUAAAGUGACUUGCAAGUACAAAGUAUGAAAUCUAAAUAAACAUAAAUAUAAAAUGCAUAUGAGAUAGUCCUAUAAUUCAGGCAGUGCAAAUUAAUCGAUGUGGUGUUACCAGGAUGUGAGCCUCGUUUUUCAACAAUCACAUAGCCUCUUUCUACGCCUUUCGUUUUCUGGUCUCCUCGACUGUGCUCCUCUUCCUGCCGGGCGGCCACUCCAAGGCCUUGUUCUUCCUCGCUUCUGAAGUCACAUCCUUGGAGAAGUUCGCACCAAAACAGUUGAAGAGGGACGGCCAGGAACUCCAGCAGGUGCCUGAAGCCGUCAUUGUGGUGCAUGGCAAGGGAGAGGAACCUAUCCUUCUUGAUAUUCCUGCACAUCAGGGAGUCCCACAGUGAAAUUCCGAAGAAUGCCACUGCCCGGCCCGUCUCCAGCUCUCCCUUGUCCUCUGGAACAUCUCCAGGAUGUAGGCCAUGUCCCUGUGUUCCUCCUUGCCCUCGGUCAUGGCGAGGAGCCUCAGCCCGGCAACCAUGACGGGGUUAAUGGCCGCCAUGAUGAGCCCGACGCUCUGCUUCUCGAUCCAUGAGCGGCCAGCACCUUCUGGGUCAACUUGUAGCCGGCCUUGACAGACUUGUAGUCCUCCCACCUGGCCAGCACCUACAGGCUCAAGAAUCGGGCCGUCCUCGUCCUCUCACCUAAAAAAGUUUGUUUGUUUUAGAAAGAUAGGUGUUUUGAUUCAUCUUUUUUAUAAAGUGAAUGAUUAGCGGCAGCCAUAUGUAAACAAAGAGCUUUUCCCGUUAAAAUUUCUUCUGAAUAAAUGCUUAAAUCGCUAAAUUCUUUAUAGACAUGGAUGUGAAACAGUCUCGAUUCUUGGUUAAAAGAAAAAAAAAAAAAGGGCAGUUAGAAUUUAUUUUACGUAAAUAUGCCGAAUGUGCUGGUAGUUCAGUCACUGUGGCGGCCCCCUUAGUACAACAAAGAGCUUUUUCCGUGAAUUAAUUCUUAAAUCCCUGAAUUCUUUGGUAGAUUUGGACGUGAAACAGUCUCGAUUCUUGGUUAAAAGCAAAAAACUGGGCAGUUAGCAGUUAUUUUACGUAAAUAUUGCUAACUAUAAUGCCAAUGCUGUAGCGGCUAAUUUCUCCCAUUGAUUUUUUUUCCAACAUUUCAAAAUGCAUGCAUGGUACGAAAAAUAUAAUAAUUACCUUGAAUCCUCGAACAAAUCACUCCUGAGAUCCUUUUGUUUGUAUGGAGUACAGCUUUCGUACUUUUUCAACGUAAAUCUGGCGUUACAUCGCUGAAUGUGACCGACUGCUAAUAAAUGAAGCGGAGUCUGGGGCGGUCCCCUUCGGAAAGAUGCGACGCAGUGAAUGGCGGAAGUGUCAGGUCAAUCAUUAUGAAGUCUAUGCAUUAAGAAUAACAAAUAAAACAUGAAAUAUCCCUGACCCAAAAAUUGCACUUUGUUCUGGUAUUUGAGUAGAAUAAAAAUCAGCACCUAAAGCGCUUUGAGCGCCUUGAAAGGUGGAAAAGCGCUAUAUAAGUAUAACACCAUUUACCAUUUAUUUUUUGCCCAGCAGAAAAAAUGCGGGUUUGAAGGGGUAAUUUUUUUUAUGCCAAGAAAACCAUAUCAAUCCAACCAGAUUGUCGUAAAGACUACGAUAAAAAUGCUUGGUACAUAAUUCCAUAAUUUUCAAAGAUUGCUUUCUUCCUGGACUUCAGAAAUUGGAGAAUAUAGACGCCCCCCCCCCCCCCCCAUUUUUUAUUUAUUUAAAAAAAUAUAUGAAAAUACAUCAAAAAUAAAAAAUGGUUAGUUUUUUCCUUUUUUAAAAAAUUUUAAACAUAUUUUUAGAUAAGUAAAAUUCAGAAAGAACUAUUAUUCAAUUUAUCGUGGCAACCCUAAAGUCAUACCUGACUAUAAGGCUAGGUUCAUACCGCAGGUCUUAAUGCACAUUUCCGAUUUUUUGUCAUAUCUGUUUUUUGUUGUGCCCGUUCAGACUGCCUUUGUCCAUGGAGCCCGUUCAAGUAUUACGCGUUUCUAAUUUGCAGUCCGAAAUGCACUGAGCAAACUGACCCGCAUGCGUAGGAGCAGCAAAACAAACGACUACACAUGCUGGCUCCACAUCAUUCUAGGGUGAUCAUGUUUUGAUUUCCAAAAAGAGGACACAAAUAACAGACAUUAAUAAUCCCCGUUUAGUGUUAUAUUCAAUAUUUGUAUGGAUUAAUAGAACGCAUACUUGCGUUUGCCCAGACUCGGCCAUGUAAGCAAUACAGUGGUACCCCGACAUAUGAUCGCUUUGACAUACGACCUUUUCGACAUCGCCAUUUCUUUCUACAUCCGAUGACAUGCUUGAAAUACGACGAUUUAUGACAGCGUCGCAAUUUCGUGGUUUUCCCGCAAGACGCACACAUGGCGGAUUUUCUUGUAAGAGAAAUCAACAUGGGUUCCAGCAAUGUUAAAGCAGGUGCUGAAAAAGGAAAAAAGGUGAGGCUUACCAAUGGAAAAAUAUGAGCGUCGGUUGCUGUCCGUGAACUGCUUGACAAUACUCCUCCGACCUCCGUUUGCCAGUCUUUAUAAGUAAAGGUGAUAACCAUUGCCAAAGAGAUAGCCAGCUUCGUAAGGAUUUUAAUCAUUUUUUUCAAAACUUGUCCAACACAACACGCCAACUGUCAGCAAACGAAGGACGUUAAAAGUGAAAGUAAUAUCACAACUUCACUCUCUGCCAUCAGCUCCGCGGUGUGUUCAGGUACAUCGCACAAAAUACAACUGUCACAUUAGAACCCGAUUUGUUACAUUAUUACAGGUAUUAUUAUUUCUAUUAUUAUAUUAUUAUUCCGAUUUUUAUUCAUAAUGUAUUUGUUUUGCUCUUUUUAAUUGCUAUUUGCAUUAUUAACAGGAAUAUUUAUUAAGGAUUUAGUGUAGGUUUUCGGGCUGUAGAACGAAUUAAUGGAAUUAUAAUGUAUUCUUAUGGAGAAAUCCUGCUCGACAUACGACCAUUUUGACUUACAAACAAGGUCCUGGAACGAAUUCACUUCGUAUGUAUAGGUAGCACUUUACUGAAAUAAUCCUCAUUUGGUUCACAGAAAGAAAUGCGAGCAUCAUCAGGCUUAUACUUUUCUUCAUUUUAUUUUUUAUGACUGUGAUCCAGCCUGCCUACUGCGUGAAAGCCAAGUUCAAGCUUGGUGCUAACGCUAAUGCACAGCUACAUCGCUGCCGUUCUGCCUGCCGCGCUCAUCUUAGCUGAUGCAAUUGCUGCAUGAAUUCCGAUUUGGGAGACUUGACAGUUCAGACCACCGCCACAUUCUGGAAAAAUGUGGCCCAGAUCGGAUUUAAACCACAUACGAAAGUGACCCACAUCUGAUUUGAAAUGGUUCACUUCUAUUCGACUUGUCACGUUCAAACCGUCAAGUUAAUGCCUCACUCGAGUCGGAACAACCCCCUCCAAAAAAUUGGAUUCGUCCUUUAAGACCUGCGGUCUGAACCUAGCCUAAGUCACACCAUAAAAUACAGCACUAGCAUCGUCCUGACCAAUAUUACAGCUCAAGUAUUACAUUCCCAAGAGUUACAGAUUUGUAUAAGUAGUUGAAUUUUAUGAAGCAGUAUUUGAAUCUCCUCCUCUUCUAUUCGUAAGCACGCUUUUUUGUGCAAAGCAAAGCCACAAGGACACACACGGAUAAAAGGACUGAUGAUGCUAAAUAUAGCUCUGAGUAUUGACUCCUUUUGACAAAAAAAAAAAUGCCGUUGCAUAAGGUGAGAAAAUAACUUUUGUAGAUGUUGACAGUCAGUGGUAUUCUCCUUUAAGGUCAGUGCUGAAACUGAGCGGGUUGCAUUUUUUUGGUCCUCUUUUAAUAUGACGACGAAGGCACUGGGACUGCUGGUCCGGUCUGUUAAUGGGGCUGCGCCUCACUGUGCUGCUUUUGAGCUUUGUGAAUGGAAUACUCACAGAAGUGUGUACUUGUGUGACAACUUUCACUAAGCUCAAUUACCAAGUCUUAAGAGUUUUGUAUUGGUUUCCCUAUUUCAUCUGUUUUCUUUCUCUGUUGGUUCAGUAUUGUGCCAUGGCCUGUUUUUGUUUCAUUAUGAUUUAUAGACACAAGGCAGAUUUUUCUGUAUUAGGAAGGACUGUGCAUUCAGCAGUAUAGCUAAAAGGAAUAGUUGCACCACAAAUGUGUUAAAAAAAAAUAGGAAAAGCUUACAAAAAAAUGGAAAAGAACUUCUUACCUCAUUGUUUGUAUUAUUUUCAAGUGGUGGCAAAGCGUGCCCUCUUAAUUUGUCUAUUGCCUCAAUCGGAAGUCUACACAUUAAGCCUAUGGUCAUAGGAAGUUAUUUAUCACUGAAUUAAAAGAGGAAACUGAUUGUGUGUGACUGACUGGCAAACUGUGUGACUCAUUUUUUUUUUCUCACUGAGUGAAAGUGUCACAUCUGACACCUCUCACAAUUUACCGUGGAAGCCCCAGGUUUGAAAAUAUCGUCUGGAGAAAAAAAAUCACUGCGGCUGUGGCUCGUGGGCCGGGUGGGCGGACGGGG